AUUUGAACGAGACGCCCACCUUUACCGUUUUUCCUGCGUCAGAUUCAGUAGACGUUGAUGAGAAUGAAUCCGGUUCUUUCACAAUGUUCACGUUUACAGCUUCAGAUGAAGAAAUAAGCACUCAGACUUUGGCUUUUAGUAUGACAUUGGUCAGCACAGUCCCAACAGGUGGCACUACUAUCCCCUUCGAGUUUGUGAAAACAACUGCCACAGAUGCCGUACUCAGGACUGUAGCGUCUCCCACCAUUGACUUUGAGACUUAUAGCCAGUACGAUGUCACACUGACGGUUAGCGACGGGGUCGGACUAAGCGAAGACAGGAGUUUGACCAUCUACGUACAAGACGUUCCCGAAGCUCCUGUGAUAAACAACACCGCAGCGUCGCUAACUAUGGGUCUAGAUGAGAAUCAGGCCGCAAAUACAGCAGUCUUCACCUUCACUGGAAAUGAUGAGGAUACAGGAGAUACCCUAACGUGGGCGAUAACCGGACAAACCCCUUCAAACCAGUUCUCCAUCAACUCUGCUACUGGCGUAGUCUCCACAACCACCUCCCCAACUAUAAACUACGAGAGUACGGAGACUCAGUACGUCUUGACGGUUACUCUGAGUGACGGAGCGUUGACAGAUACGGCAACAUUGACGAUCAAUGUCAACGACGUCAACGAGACGCCCGAUUUCACCAACUUUCCUGGAUCCGCGUCAGUCGACGUUGAUGAGGACACAGCCGGCGGCGUUACUGUUCAGAGCUUUACGGUCUACGAUGACGACAAUGCGUUGGUUUCCACCACACAAGACAUCACCUAUACAAUAGCUCCGGUGGCUCCCGUUGGAGCAACUCUCCCGUUUACAUUUGACAAGGUGGAUAACGCCAACGUUGAUCUGAAAACGGAUUCAACCGCUACCAUAGACUACGAGGACCUGUGGUCCACCUACAGCACAAACCAGUACGAAGUCACGCUAACCGUGAGCGAUGGUCUACUCUCCAGUGUGAGAACGUUCUACAUUAACAUCAUAGACGUGAACGAGUCCCCCGUCAUCACGAAUCUCGCUUCUUCGCUGUCUAUCACCAUCGACGAGGACGAAUCCGGCGGGAAGAAUCUUAUCUACUUCACGGGCACGGACGUGGACUUACCCGGGGACACGCUGACGUGGUCUAUCACGAGUCAAACACCAAACGCUCUCGGGACGAAUUUCGAGAUAGGGCCGUCUACCGGAGUACUGAGCGUUGUUUCAAGUCCAAACCUCGACUAUGAGACAGAAACGCAAUAUGAGCUCCAGGUCGAAUUAAACGACGGCACCGGCGCAGGACGUCUUACGGCGACGGUGACGUACACUGUCAACAUACGAGACAUAAACGAGGCACCGUCUUUCUCGGAUACGUCGCUUACGUACGAGAUUGAUGAGAACACGGUUGGUGGUGUCACCGUGUGCCCCACUAGCAACACGGCGUGCACCACUACCCUACAAGGCACAGACCCUGACGGUGAUACCCUCACGUACACACUCAUCUCGUACAGCCCCGUAGAGGACGGCUACUCCAACCCUUUCCAACUCACUCCAUCAGGGAACGACCUCGUCAUAGAGACCGUGACAAGUCCUGAGUUAGACUACGAGCGCACUACCGCAUACACCCUCAAAAUUCGCGUCAAAGACGGUAGCACGUCUGGUAGCAAGUCCUCAACAGGAGAGAUCACAAUAAACCUGGUCGACUUGGAUGAACCCCCCGAGUGGAGGAACCUACCAGACAGCGUAACAGUCAGCGAAGACUUGGCGGGAAACCAGCGAGUGUACACCGUAGAUGCGGUUGAUCCCGAAGGGGUUACCGUGACAUACACUCUCACCACUGCGGGGACGCCGUUCACACUGGUAACAGGUACGGGCGAAAUCAGAACGACAGCCACCCCAAACCUGGAGUCGGGAGCAUUUCUCUACACCCUGGAGAUAGAAGCUGCCGAUGCCACUGUCGGUAACACCGCAACUAGCACCCUAACCGUCAACGUGGCGUUCUACGACGACAGCCCGCCAGUUUUCUCUCCAACCACCUACACCGUGAACGUGAAUGAAGGAGAGAGUUCGGGAACGACAGUUACCACAGUCGCGGCUACAGACGCUGAUGUGGGCGAUGUUGUACAAUACUACAUCACAGGAGGCAGUGGCUACUUCCUCGUGGACGGCUCCGGCGUCAUCACCACAGGUACGGAGCUGGACCGUGAUGACGGCUCCCUCUCCUCCUACACCCUGACGCUGACGGCGUACGAUACGUCAGGUCUGUCUGCACAGGCCACCGUCACGGUUAACGUGGAAGCCGUCAACGACAACGCACCUGUCUUCUCUCAAGCUGUAAACUCCAUAGAUGUUCCAGAGAACACCGCUACGACCACCUCUGUCCUGCAGCUGACCUGUACGGACGCUGACACAGGCACAGACGGGGAUAUCGUGUACGCCAUAGACUCUGGCAACAACGACAACCUGUUCGCUCUAGAUGCAAAUACAGGGUUAAUCACAGUCGCCAGCGCCAUUGAUAUGGAAGCCGCCGCCAUCAUAACGGCUAACUUCAAGUACACGCUGAAGGUCACGGCCGUGGACCAAGCCGCCGUGGCCGCCGACCGUUCCACAAGCACUGCGACUAUCUACGUCGCCAUCACGGGUCGGAAUGAGUUCACGCCAGACUUCACCACCAUGCCGCCCAGCAACACCGUCACGUUAUCUGAGGAUACAGCGGUGGCGACUACUGUCACAUCCAAUGUAUCAGCUACAGACGAUGACCAGGGUUCUCAGGGAGACAUCGUGUACACCAUCACGGGCGGAGACACGACCUCCCCGCGUACCUUCACCAUGAACCCGGGCACCGGCAGGAUCGUCCUGGCACAGCCGCUGGACUAUGAGUCCACUCCGGUGUACUACUUGGAACUGUCCGCUAUCGAUGACGCCAGCAGUCCGCUAACGGGAACAGCCACCCUGACCGUGAGUGUGACGGACGUGGAUGACGCUAGCCCGGCAUUCAGCACCGACACAUACGAGGCCACUGUCAGAGAGGACGAAACAGCAAGUAAGAAAUUACGUACCUAA